AGAACGGAAGCUUAAAUUUUAGCUCUAGUUACACAGAGAGGGAGAAAGAGAGAACACAGUUGUAAGAUUUUAAUGUUCUAAGCUAAGAAAGAAUCAAUAGGUAAGCUUUGUUAUGGAUUGAGCAUGAUCUCCUUGUUGAAGUUGAUACCAGAACCUUGAUUAGUGAUUUUGCGGAAGAAAUCAUCGAGAUAGGUAAUCCAGCAAGUUCUCAAGUUUCUCUACUGUUAGAGGUUGUUUUUGAAACUUUGGAAGCCAGCAAAGAUGUAUGGAAGAACAGCAUCGCAGCUGGUGAAGGAACUUGCCAGCAAUGAGGCUAAUCAACUCUCUUCUUUCAAUAAUGAUUUGGUUGAUCAAGUAAUUAAAGAGUGCGAUAACCACCACUUAGAGCUUCAGAACUUGAUGAGGAAAAUUCAGGAUGAAGGUUUAGACGUACAGACUACUAGAAAUGCUGACCACUUUGGUGCUGUUAUCCACCACCUCUCUUUAUCUCGGAACAAGCGUUGUCUUAUGGCUUAUAUGUAUAAUCGUGCGCAAAUUAUUCAGGAUUUAAGAUGGAAGGUAGGGCAUACACUUCCUCAAGAAGUUAAAGAAAAGCUUAACCACUGUGAGGUAGAGUAUUUCAAAAAUCAUUCUGAUGCUUUAGAGAAAUACAUCUCAAAGCUGGACCUUGAUUUGACUGUGGAUAUGGUUCCUCCGAAGGAUCCUUACUUAAAAGUCAGGGUCCUCGAAGAUAUCGGUCAUGUGCCUCUGGGAGAUCAGUCAUCAAAUCUUGCACGGCACUCUAUACACUUUCUUAAACGCACGGAUGCUGAAAGGUUCAUCUCACUGGGUUUGAUGGAGGAACUCUCAGGUUGAAGGCUAGCUGUAAUUUUUUAGUCACUCGCAUAUUUAACUUCUGGGGGUGUCAUUUCUUUUCUCCUCAUCAUUUUUGUUAUAAGGAAAGCUGAUUUGUUUAGGGGGAAAGCUAAAAUAGUUUGACUAUGGUAUAUUUUGUUUGACUUUCCGUCAUAAGGGGGAAUGAGCAGAAAAUUGUCUUUCCCCCUAACAAAAAUACUGAUUUUUACUACUCUGCCCUCAUUUAAUGUAACUCUAUAUUUAGUUAAAACCAUGAUUAACCCUAAACAAA